AUGCCUCUAGAAAACAACGCCAUUAUUGAACACAUUUCAAAUCGGAUCAGUCCAGAACCGUGGGAAUUCAAUGGCGUGAAUGGUUUCAAGAGCGCAGUUCAGACCUCGGCAGAGCGGCUGACGAAGGCACUUUUCUCAGAGUCUGUCGAGGCGAAGCUAUGGAUUGUGGCUGCUCACGCAUUGGAAAGCUCCAACCCGCCCGUGCUCUAUCCGGAAUAUACCGACGAAAGAGGCAAUUAUGUCUACCGAACCCUUGAUUUUUGGACAUCAGGCUUCUUUCCGGGGUCCAUGUAUCUUCUACUCGAGCGAUCGAUUCUUUAUAAUCGAAAUGCAUGUCUACCUAAACCUGUCAACAACAACCCCGAGAUAAGACCUCACCCACUCCAACUCGAGCACCUAUGUCGGUGGUGGACGACCAAUCUUCAUCAAAACGCACUGAAGCGUGAUACACAUGAUGUCGGGUUUAUGAUUGCACCGUGGGCUAUGAAAGCCUGGGAGCUGAAGCGGGACCCAGCUGCGUUCGGCAGUUUGGUCAUGGCUGCGCACUCCCUUGCGAGUCGGUUCAACACAGUUACGCAGUGUUUGCGCAGCUGGGACGUCUGCAUUACCAAUAGGUACAAAUUCACAGAUCCAUCAUUGGAUUUUUUGGUGAUUAUUGAUAACAUGUUAAACCUUGAUCUCCUUUUCUGGGCUGCAAAGGAGACUUCAAAUUUCGCUCUAUAUGACAUUGCGCUGGCGCAUGCGCGUACGACACAAAAACACCAUAUUCGGAAAGAUAACAGUACCUUCCAUGUCGUGAACCUUGACGUGGAGACUGGCAAUGUCAAAUCUCGAUUUACAAACCAGGGCUAUAGUGAUGACAGUUGCUGGGCUCGAGGACAGGCAUGGGGGAUUUUGGGGUUCAUGCAGACCUUCCAUUGGACUCAGGACCUUUCGUUCAUGAACCUAGCCAAGGACCUGGCAGACUACUUUAUCGCGCAUUUGCCGGCCGAUGGCGUGCCGUACUGGGAUUUCAAUGCACCAGUGACAGAAGCGUGUCCCCGCGAUACGUCUGCAGCUAUGAUCGCCGCUUGUGGCAUGCUUCUCAUUUACAAAGAGCUUAUGGGUAGCCAAGAGGCGGACCACUACCUCUGUCAAUCGGUAAAGCUAGUCAACAACGUUGUUGACAAGUUCCUGGGUCGUGAAACCAUUCGGUUUGAGGCUAAGCCCCUUGUAUCGCAAGUUUCAGUCUAUCCAAAUGACUGUAUCCAUGAGCAAACCGGGGACGGCUUCGAUAUUCUACAAGUUGUGCAUGAUAAUAGCACGACGUCAAAAGCCAGUCAGACUAUUUUGGGCGGAGCCACCAUCAACAACUAUGAGUUUGCGCCGAGAAGGUGGUCAAAUCAUGGGCUGGUUUAUGCGGACUAUUACUUUUUGCUUUAUGGCAACAUGAUUCUCGAGAUGGGGCUUGGCUCUUCUAUUGCGUAA